UUCACCUACAUGGAACGGUUUCAAGCGCGUCACGGAACGACUCAACUGUGCUCUUGUGUUAAGUAGUGUGUGCUGUUUUAUUACUCACAGUGCCGCUCCCAACACCUAUAAUCACCCCACUAAUUGCUUGCUAAUAUUGUCAAUUUAUUAAUAAUAUCCACCCCUCAAACAAAUAAUACAAAGUGACGUGUUGUAGUGAAAGAUAUUACAAUAAAUCCAUUUAUUUUAUUUAAACUAUACAAUAUUUUAAAAACUCACAUUAAAGUGGAAUAUUUGCAUUUUUUUUAUUAAACAGUGCAAGACCAAUAAACAACACAUAGUGAUAUAUACUUUGAGAGUAUAAGAGAGACCUUUGGGUUAUUACUUAAUUUUUAUGGAGUUCUUUUAAUGUGACUUAAAUGGGGAAAUGAGAGAUUUGUGAAGAGAGUUGGUGUGAAACCUAAGAUGAUGCCUCUGGCUCCGACAUCAGUUAUGGCAAUGCCAACGUCCAAGCCAAAAAUAGGCUUUAGCAUAGACUCGAUUGUGGGCAAUGGUGUGACGAAGACACCGGCUCAUUUUUCACCAAACAGCGAGGGCUCCGAGAGGCCACUUAGCCCACUCAGCGACUGUAGCUAUCCCACAGAAUUGACGCAUCAGCAACUCAGGAGUCCCAGUAGUGUAUCACCGUCUGAUCUUGUGCACCGCCGAAUAGCAAAUUCACCCUCAAAUGAGCAAAUGUCGCAGAAAAAUCGUACAAUGCGAUCUACGCCCCCGCAUCAGAUACUUAUGGAUAACCACCGGAUGGCCAGACACCCAGACACUGCUCAAGAGCAUUCUGAUAAGAAUAGAUCACCACCCCAUUCGGGAUUACCUCCCGAACAUGAGCAACAUGCACUUCGACGACCGUCAAGAUCGCCCUCGCCGCCGGGUCCACCACCACCACCUCCGCCGGGAAGUAAGGGGCCCAUUGUGGUACCUGGUAUACCAGCAGGUCUUGUGCGACCUUUCCCCGUGGCCCCCGGAAACAUGACCGAUAUUAAGACCUUGCCUCCGUAUCUUAAUUCACCGGAAAUGGUUACGGCACACAACCCCCACUUCCUUGCGGCUCAAUUCCAAAUGGCGGCUGCUCUUCAGUCUGGCCAGUUUCCACCAGGGGCUGGUAUGCCUCAACACCCUGCACAUAUGCCUAAUCCCAACAUGCCAAGGGACAGCUAUCCCCUCUAUCCUUGGCUCCUGAGUAGACACGGCAGGAUAUUUCCCCACCGAUUUCCUGGAAAUUUUCUCCUCCAGCCCUUCCGUAAGCCAAAACGAGUGAGAACGGCAUUCUCACCUUCGCAAUUGCUCAAAUUAGAGCACGCCUUCGAGAGCAAUCAUUAUGUAGUGGGAGCAGAAAGAAAGACUUUGGCGCAAGCCCUUAGCUUAACAGAGACACAGGUAAAAGUGUGGUUCCAAAAUCGACGGACGAAGCACAAGAGAAUGCAGCAGGAGGAGGACGCGAAGAGUGGUAAUCCCAACAGUCAGAACCAGAAGAACCCCUCUAGUCCCGACAACAAUAACGGUAGCCAAGUUAGCUAUGAUGAAGAUGAACUAAUCGACAUGGAAAUGGACGAUUGCCCCAGUGACGACGAGGGAGAUCCCAAUAUAAAAUGAAUGGAAAGUAAGGGGAUGAUAAACAAAUUUUCAAGGAGACUUAUGCAUUAAUACUGCAGCAGAUACAACUACAUAAUUUAAUGAAUUGAUAAAAAACAACUCUAUGUAAUGUGUCAAAAUUUAAAAAUAUAUAUGAUUGUGUAAAUAGUAGAAAUUAUGAUAUAGUGAAUUUAGUGAAGAGAUGAUUGAAUAAAAAAAAUAUUACGAUUUAUUCGAUAUAAGUAAGAAAAUGAGAGUUUCGUUGAAACAAAAAUGCCAUCAAGAACUCCAUUUCUUGAUAAAAUCAACAAAAAAUGAAUGUAAAAUGUUUAGCAAUUAGAAUGGCUCAAAUAAAAUCAAUCUUUUUGAA